AUGAGUGUAGAACAGAUACAAAAAUUUAUAAAGCGAGAUUUCCGCGAUGUUCAACAGCGUUACUCAGUAAAUUUUGGGGUCUUGAUAUCUUCUCUGAACUUCAUAAGUAAUGGAGAAGUUGUCAGAGAACAGCAACAACAACAUCAACAAACAAGGCGACAUAAACAACAAAACAAAGAACAAAAAGUCAUAAAACUUCAGCGGCACAAAACAAACUGCCAACAAACAAUUGCCAAAUCAGAGUCUCGAAAUGGACAAACGACGUCAGUCUGGGAAGGGAACAAGCAGACAGGAGUCGAGUCGUGCGGCCGAGGAAUUGAUGACAUGAUGGCAGACCUGCGGAAUUCGACUGCACAGCAAUGCAGACAGCCCAUAGUUGAACCUGCAGAAAAUUCGAAACAGUGUAAAAAGACCUGCGGAAUUCGACUGCACAGCAAUGCAGACAGCCCAUAG